CUCGGCGCUUGUGUACGUACCCACGCGCUCGCUCUCGCGCUCUCGGCCCGUCUAGCGGCCAAAGCAGCAAGCAGCACCUGGCCUGCGGCGGCGGAGGUCCGUCUAUGAGCAUCAACGACUCUAACAUACGCUGUUCCAACAUCUCCCCCUCACAAAUCUUUCUGUCAAUCAUGAAGCAACGAGCUCCGUGGCUACUGUUUCUUUUCGCGCUUCUCUCGCUUCUUUCCUUUUCGUCUGCAGCAACACCAGCAUCUUUCUGCAAAUGCACCUGCUUUGGCAAUAGUAGCAUCAUCGCUCUCGAUGCUCCUGUCGAAUUGAAGAAACCCCCACCGAAAUCGCCCGAUCUCCGCGAGCGCGCCUCGAAAAAGACAUGCAAUGACUGCAACCGAUCGUUUUGCCUGAGCUAUUCGUUCUGUAAAGGAGAGAAAGAAGAGAAUGUGGUUACAACAUGUUUCCGUAUGCCCAACGAUAUGAUAUCAAGGCGGGAAGAACGGUGAUACUGACGGCAAGCAGAAAGAGACUCAGCCAAAGAUCAAGCUGUGGUAUGGAUAUUCAUUCUCUCGACAGUUGGAUUAUUGAGCUACGC